GGACGGUCCAUCAAACGAAGGCGGAUAAGUAGGAUCAAGCUUAAUCAAAUAAGCUAGCCCACCUUGCCAUCGUUGCGCUCUUCACUUCAGUGGCUGGCUUUCUUUCCCAACCUCCUAAUUCCCGAGAUAAUCUUUUCCUGUAAUAAUAAUCGAAGGAAAGCAUCAAAUAUGCUAGCCCGUGCCUCUUCUGGGGCUGCUCUGGGUUGGCGUAGAAUCCUGAGAAAAUCACUGUUUCAUUCUUGGUCUCUUCCAUCUUCGUGUGCUCUUCUUGGCCCCGACCUUCCUGAUAUUUGGGUUCCCAAAAAGAACACUUCUUCUGAUACCCAUUUCUCAGAGAAACCCAACUAUGAGUUUGUAGAGGCGAAGUCUAAUGCUGCAAUUCUUGGAGGUAAAUCAGUUGCCCAAGAUGUAAAACAAAAGGUGGCUGAAGAAAUAGGCAGAAUUAAAAGGAUAAUUGGGAAGUCCCCUAAAUUGGCUGUGGUUCUUGUUGGUGAUAGAAGAGAUUCUCAGACCUUCAUCCACAUUAAGUUAAAAGCCUGUGAGCAAGUUGGCAUUGCAACAUCGGUGGCUCUGUUGCCUGAAAACUGUGAAGAAAAAGAACUGCUUGAUGUCGUCGCCAGUUUUAACAAAGACCCAGCUGUACAUGGCAUCAUUGUGCAACUUCCUCUUCCUCAACAUUUGGACGAGGAAAAUGUUAUCAACUUUGUGAGUCCAGAAAAGGAUGUUGAUGGCUUUCAUCCCUUAAAUAUAGGAAACCUUGCCAUGAGGGGAAGAAAACCAUUCUUCAUUCCUUGUGCCUCCAAGGGCUGCAUUGAGUUGUUGCUCAGACAUGGGGUUGAAAUUGGUGGAAAAAGAGCAGUUGUAAUUGGAAGAAGUAAAAUUGCUGGGUUACCCACUUCGUUGCUAUUGCAGAGGCACCAUGCAACAGUAAGCAUGAUACAUGCAUUCACGGAGAACCCAGAACGGAUAACUUCUGAAGCUGAAAUUGUUGUAGCAGAUGUUGGAAUGCCCAAUAUAAUUCGUGGCAAUUGGUUAAAGCAAGGAGCAGUUGUGAUUGACAUGGGUACAAAUCAAGUGAAGAAUCCUGACAAAGAAGGCUUUCGUACCAUAGGAGAUGUUUGCUAUGAGGAGGCAAUCAAAGGUGGCAUCAGCCCUUACUCCGGUGCCCGGAGGUUUGGGACCAGUAACAAUAUCAAUGCUUCUCUCUAAUACCCUUGAUGCAGC